UUACCAGUGCAGUGUCUUGCUACAUUUUAGUAUAGAAGUGUGGAGGUGUCCUUUCUGCAGCAUGAGCAGCAUGGUUCAGGAGAUCUUGGCCUUCGUUUUAACCACUUCGGGGUGGGUGCUGGUGUCUUCCACCUUGCCGACAGAGUACUGGAAGGUGUCUUCAAUUGAUGGAUCAGUCAUCACCACAGUUACCUUCUGGUCCAAUCUGUGGAAGACAUGUGUCACUGAUUCAACUGGAGUCACCAGCUGCAAAGAGUUUCCCUCGUUGCUGGCAUUGGAUGGCUACAUCCAAGCAUGCAGGGGACUGAUGAUUGCAGCCGUUUGUCUGGGGUUUUUCGGUUCUAUAGUUGCCCUUGUUGGAAUGAAAUGCACCAAAAUUGGAGGAACUGACAAAAAUAAAGCCAACAUUGCCUGCUUUGCCGGUGUCAUUUUCAUUCUUAGUGGCAUCUGCUCACUCUCAUCGUGCUCCCUCUAUGCACACCGGAUAACAUCAGAAUUUUUCGACCCAAUGUUUUUAGCACAGAAGUUUGAACUGGGAGCUGCUCUCUUUAUUGGCUGGGCAGGUUCUAUACUCUGUUUGCUUGGAGGCAUCAUGUUUUGUUUCUCCAUCGCAGAUUCUUUUACCAAAAGCCACAGUCAGGCAAACUAUAUCUACAAAGGUGCUGCUUCGCAUUCUCAUAUCUCCUCCUACCCGAGAGGGCAGGCAAAGUCUGUAAACCAGAGGCCGCCUCCAGACUACAACAACUCCUCCAGGACGCAGCACUUUGAUAAGAAUGCAUAUGUGUGAGGGAUGUCAAUAUAAAACACUUUCAGUUGAGGCCACUGGUGAGUCUUAAAACAUAUACUGUAUACUAAGCCUAAAAGAUAUAGCACACUGUAUAAAACUUGGAGGUUUCUGUUUAACAGCAGCAGAAGUUUCUGAUGUUGAUCUGUGGCUCACCAGGAAUUAAAAUUUACAUGUGUCUUCCAGGGGUACAAAUUUAAAGUUGUAUGACACAGUUUACUCUCUGAUCUUGGGGAAUUAUAUUUUCUGUAAAGCAGACAACUUCUGUUUGUGUGUUAUACAUAUUAAUGUUCAUGGGAUGUUGGGAUUAAUUUAAUAAACAGAAAAUUUAAACAUGAAAAAAUAAAACAUUUGGUCCAAAAUGGACUUUUCUAAAAGAUCUUUUUGCAUGUGUAAUAUUGUGCAAGAAGUUUUAGUUGUAUUUUUAACUGUAAGUAACCUGCAUAUGUUGUCAAACACAGAUUCUCUUGUUUUCCAUAACACAGCCAUUAACUAUGACUUUGUAAUAAGCAAACUCGAAGAAGGUCAAAAAAGGGUGCAUCCUUCUGUAAGUAGUGAAAUGUGUGGCGUAUGAUGACAAGGCUCUGUUUUUUUAAGCAGAGUAUAUGACUAGAAAUAAAACAGAUGAAAACGUUUGC